CCAGACUCCAAUGUUUGCCAAGGUGCUUGAGGACAUUAUGGGUAAAACGCAUCAGAAAGACAAAAAAGAGGGUAAACAAGAGAAAUCAAGGGCUGGCAGUGAUGUACCCACUCCCCUACAAACUACCCACAGUGAGUCAUUCAACUGGGAAGAAUAUUUAAAGGAGACUUUAUCUACGCCAGCACCGCCCAGCUGUUUCAGACAGUCCAGGAUUCCUCCCACAAACGUCUUCAAAGUGGGUAUGAAACUGGAAACGUACGAUCCUCGCAACUCCACCUCUGUGUGCAUCGCCACGGUGAUGGGCCUAAUGGGAGCACGUCUGCGGCUGCGGUUGGACGGCAGCGACAGCACCAACGACUUCUGGCGGCUGGUCGACUGUUCUGAUAUUCAGCCAGUCGGCACGUGCGAGAAGAGUGGAGACAUGUUACAACCACCGCUAGGUUUCCGAAUGAACGCAUCAUCAUGGCCCAUGUUCCUAUUAAGAACGUUAAGUGGAGCAGAGAUAGCACCAGCUUCUGCAUUUAAAAAGGAGCCGCUCAAGCCACUGCAAAACCACUUCAAAGUGGGCAUGAAGUUGGAAGCAGUGGACCGGAAGAACCCGUGUCUGAUCUGCCCUGCCACCAUCGGACAGGUGCUCGGGGACGAUGUUUUCGUCACGUUUGACGGCUGGCGUGGAGCCUUCGACUACUGGUGCAAAAACUACUCCAGGGACAUCUUCCCCAUCGGCUGGUGUCAUCUGACCAACCACAGCCUCCAGCCACCUGGUACAAACUUCCCCAAGAACCCGAUUCCUCCUUCGUCCCCAUCCCGAUUGUGGCGCCGCUCCAUGCAAUCUCCGUACCAGCUCCCUCACCCCCUGCCCCCACUGCCCGUCCGGAAGGGGGUGCGGGGCCGCCGGCCCAAGAGCCAGACCAUUGCCAUGCUCAAGGCCAUCCAGAACGGCCAGACGCAGUUGCAGGACAGCACAAACAAGAGCGCCGAGCCUGAGCACCUGGAGCCCAGGCUGCACAAAAAGAGAGGACCCAAACCUGGCAGCAAGAGGAAACCAAGAGUUCUUCCUCCUCUCUCCAGCCCGUCUUUGUCCUCAUCUGUCUCAGAUGGCCGACUCUCCAGUCUACAAAUGACCAAAGACCCUGGAGUGUUAUCCACAGUGUGUGUGUACGUGAACAAGCACGGCGAGUGUGGCCCGCACCUGGACCGCAAGCUGAUGCUGCAGCUGCCGGAUCAUUUCGGGCCCGGCCCGGUGAACACUGUGCUGCAGCACGCCGUGCAGGCAUGCGUGGAUUGCGCGUACCAGCCCAAAACUCUCUUCGGCUUCCUGCAGUCGCAGUCAGACGGCGGUGAGAUCAUCAGAGUUCGCUCCGAGGGAGGGAUCCAUUACGUCAAGUUACCUCGAGCCUCAAGCGCUUCGUUCGUGCUGCGCUUCCUCGAGACACUGUGCCACCAUUUGCAGUCGGACAACCUGUUCAGCAGCCAGCCGUUCAGCCCCCUCACCGCUAACGCACACAACGCCUACGACAGGAGCAAGUCAGUGAAGGAAGAGAGCUCGGAAGCAGUAUCUAUAGUGCGAGGCAGCAGACGCUUCACAAGAGACUCCUCCUCCUCCUACAGCACUCCGACUCCUACAAACCCACCCAGAACAGACACACACCCUUCAGAAGAAACAGACCCCUCGGAAAACGGCGUCUCUGCCGAUCAGCAUUUUCCCGAGGAGCCCAUGGACACGGCGCCGUCUCGGCCUCCGGCGCCGCGCGCUACAAACGAACAUCGGAGUCCGGCUGCGAACAGUCCGCAAUACACUCCUCAACCCCCUCUGCGCCGGGUCAACUCCAACCCAUCGGAGAUGGCCACCACACGCAUGCUCAGACGAGUGGAAGCUGCCAGCUCUACCACCGGUCCAGAUCACCAGACAGCUGAGCGAGAGACGUCCAACCGAAGCCCGUCCUCGUGGAGUAUAGAGGAAGUGAUGCAGUUUGUCCGGGACGCAGACCCUCAGGCCCUCGCACCUCAUGCCGAGCUCUUCAGGAAGCACGAGAUCGACGGCAAGGCGUUAAUGCUGCUGCGAAGUGACAUGAUCAUGAAGUACAUGGGCCUGAAGCUGGGUCCUGCUCUCAAACUGUGCCACCAUAUUGAAAAACUUAAACAGGGCAAACCGUAACUGGUGGCGCUCCAGCACAGCGCAACGUCCUCCAGCAGGGGGCGCCCGAGUGCAAGUCCCCCUCGCAGUCAGAACAAACGGAUUCGCUCCAGCUCCGGUCGAGAUGUGGACCACAAUCAUAAAAACGAAGCAAACCGUUCAAGAGAGCCAUAAUCGUUUUUUAGACAGCACGGGGUCCUAAACGCCCCUCUCACUACACCAAUUCUAUACAGGAUUCAUUUUAGACGCGAAAGCGGGUGAAACUGUGCCGCUACCGACCUCAGCACCUCCUUUUGUGAGCAGGAAACAAUGCAGGAACUAUUCAGCAGCUGGACUAAGCUGAAUUCCCAAAGGAUUUUCUUUGUUCGCGUAACAGAACCACGCCGACGCCGUACUCUCUCUCUCCCAUUCAAUUUCAAUACCGAUUUCAAUAUUGCACAGAAUGUGAUGGACCAUCAUGUAUUAAUUACAAAAAUCCGUCGCACAAUUCUGAUAAAACAACCACUAAUCCAAUCGCUAUCAUAAUUUGAGCGACGUUUUUCGACCGAUAAGAAAUACAUUUAUUGCGACGUCACAACAAAAUCUUUGGCAGCUAUCCAUUUUUCCAUCAUCCAAUAUAGUAUCAAAUAUCGUAUAAAUUCCAGGGUGUUCGCACAAAUCAAUUAUACUAGAAGGAUUGCUUGUUUUUUUUGUAUUUUUAUUUAUUACUCCUCAGGAUGCCAGGUUUUUUCUAGCUAGUCAUUAAUAUGGCUUAUAAUAAUUUUUGUUUGGAUAAAUCAAAAUUGUUAAUUCUACAAUAUACACACUGUUUUAUAUACGGGUUAAAGGUUGUGAAAGACGUCUGUAGGUUCAGCUCUUAUGCAAGAGCUCUUGGUUGACCCAUGGACAUUUUUUUAAUAGCAUAUUACAUAAAAUUAAUUCAUACGUUGAUUAAGAACAAACACACGCGCAAAAAAAUCCAAGUGAUCUCUCGCUUUAUUUGUGUUGUUUGCAUAAGGUUUCAUGUUUCUGUGUUUCGAUGCUAUUUUAAUCUUAAUAAGCACAAUGCUGCUUUAAGAUAAAAAAAAAAAAAAUUUUGUAUACUUGUAUAUGCGUGGUGUUAGUUUUUUAGCGCAUCCCAUGACCUUUCUGUUCUCAGGUUCAAGUUUUGUAUACUUUUCUACAAUACAAUUAUGGUCACAUUUCUUUUAUUAUAUAUUUUGCUGGAAUAAAACUUGAAAAGAGGGUUUAUUAGACCUCAUUGAAAAGUAUAGCCAUUUCCAGUACCCCCCUUUUAAAAAAAAAUAAAAAUGUCUAAAUUA